AUGGAAUCGAACUCCCAAGACAAUGCCGCACCUUCCAUCGCCACACUCAAGCUUACCGAGUUCUGGCCCGCAGAUAGAGAGCUCUGGUUUCUCCACAUCGAAGCGCAGUUCCGCCGUCACCGCAUCACAUCGCAAACGGCCAAGUACGACUAUGUCGUAAGUGCACUCAGCCCGACCACCACAGCUUUGAUCCACGACGUUUUGCUCACUCCCCCGCCCGACAACCCCUACGACAUCCUCAAACGGGAGUUACUUCGACGCACGACUGACUUCGAGUCGCGACGCAUUCAACAGCUUCUAUCGGAGGAACUUGGUGACCGAAAGCCGACUGAGCUGCUUCGUCGCAUGACCCUGCUACUCGGAGGCAAUUCAUCUUCAACGGACUCAAAAAUCGUCCGCGAGCUCUUCCUUCAGCGUCUACCGAAUCAG